AUGUUCCCAUUACGACGCGUCGGUAGCAAGAUUCUGGAGCAAUGGCGAGCCCCUAUUGUAGUGGCAGGAAGAUUGCAGAAGUACAGUACAGAAGCACCACGACCACUGACCGUACUAACGGAAGAUGAACUGGCAAUGAAGGAGACAAUAAGAAAACUCGCGACAGACCAAAUUGCACCACUAGUUAAGAAAAUGGAAGAUGAACACAAAAUUGACGAAGGCAUUAGGCAGAUGCUUUUUGACAAUGGCCUUAUGGGCAUAGAAACUCCAGAAGAAUACAGCGGUUCAGGUUGUGGUUUCCUCACAAUGAUGCUCGUGGUAGAAGAAUUAUCUCGGGUUGACCCGGCAGUUGCUGCAUACGUAGAUAUACACAACACAUUAGUCAACUCGCUAUUUAUGAAACUAGGCACGGAGGAGCAGAAGAAGAAAUAUUUAACGAAGUUGUGUACGGAAUAUGCUGGCAGCUUUUGCCUAACAGAACCGACGUCCGGUUCAGAUGCAUUCUCGCUGAAGACAGUCGCCAAGAAAGAAGGAAACCAUUAUAUAAUCAACGGAUCUAAAAUGUGGAUAUCAAACUCGGAUGUUGCUGGCGUCUUUCUGGUUAUGGCCAACGCUGAUCCGUCUAAGGGUUACAAGGGUAUAACUUGCUUCAUUGUGGAACGUGAGACACCAGGUCUAAGCGUAGCCAAGCCUGAGAAUAAAUUGGGUAUCAGAGCCUCUGGUACCUGCAUGGUACACUUUGACAAUGUAAAAAUACCAGAAGAAAACAUAUUAGGAGAAUAUGGAAAAGGAUACAAAUAUGCAGCAGGUUUCCUAAAUGAAGGCAGAAUAGGUAUUGCCUCUCAAAUGAUUGGUUUGUGCCAGGGCUGUAUGGACGCCACCAUUCCGUACACACUGGAAAGAAAACAGUUCGGAAACAAGAUAUUUGCAUACCAGGGUGUGAGCUACCAGCUGGCUCAUUUGCACACGCAACUGGAAGCAGCCCGCUUACUGACUUACAACGCUGCCAGACUCAAGGAAAACGGCAUGGACUUUGUCAAGGAAGCUGCCAUGGCUAAAUACUAUGCAUCAGAAAUUGCUCAAACACUGACAUCAAAAUGCAUAGACUUCAUGGGCGGAGUGGGUUUCACUCGUGACUUCCCACAGGAAAAAUUCUAUCGCGAUGCAAAGAUUGGCACCAUUUAUGAGGGCACCAGCAACAUGCAACUGCAGACUAUAGCUAAACUGAUUGAAAAGCAAUAUACACAAUAG